UCCAACCGGAACUGUGGUGGUUGGUAUGGCAACGGACAGACGCUGCCUGCCAGUGCUUUGAGAGAAAGGGAGCGCGAGCGCGCAUGAGGGGGGCAGGGAAAAAAGAAAGUGUGGCAAACCUGCCUCCAGAGAACCAAUUCUGCACAGUAGAGCACCGCAAUGAGAGGGCAACAGCAGCUGCAGUGAUCCUACGUGUUUUCCUGAAAUACUGCCAUGUAUGAAGCAAAAGAAAGACAGAAGUUUAUCAAUGAUGCUCAGUACCUGAGAGAGAUGCAGCACAAGAUGGAUUCAGAAUAUCAGGCUUGCCUGAGAAAACAAGAACAGACUAAAGAGCAGUCUGAGAAGAAGCGAGAGCAACAUGCCAGACAAGAACUGAGACAGACAAAUACAUCGUCCAUCUCUGCUGUGCGUACUUAUGAAAGGCCAUGGAUUUCAAGACUUCCCAUUAAUAGACAGCCCUCUUCUGAUGAAUCUUCUGGAUGUGAACUGAAAUCUGCUAUAAAGUCUAUUGGGAACAAAUCAGAAGCUAAAUUUCCUGCCAUUGACAAAACAUCUGUUAAGCAGAAGCAAAAAUCAAACACAUCCUCCAAAAAACCAGAAAAAAGUGGACCUGGCCCCAAAAAAGAUUCCUCAGCUUUCCAGAAGCCAAUUUUAUCAAGAAGGCGAAUGAACCAGAGAAGUUUGUUGGAAAACACAGACACUGAAAGUAUAAGAAGAGUGGAAGCAAGAGGGAGGAAAACACCAGUGCUACAGGGAAUAGCAAAGAUUACCAAGGGGUCUGACCCACAAGAUAUCACAGGACAAAGAAGUGGUCCUGUUCUCAAGACUAAGAAAAAAUCUCAAGAAAGAAGGAACUUGGUCCAGUCCUCUAAACUAAACAUAGAUAGCAAAAGCCUAGACAGGGAUCUCAAAAAAGGAAAUGUUCUAACAGCAGCUCAGCAGCUCCCAACUAACCCAAUGGAUUCUUCUGGUCAGGUUGCUAAUGAUCCUGCCUUAGCAAGUGAGCCAAACAACUCAAACCUUCCGCCCAUUAAAAAUACACCUAUAAGGCCCAGAGAAGAUGAUUUUUAUGCAAUGUUAUGUUCAAAUGUGGAAGGUUCUACUGGAGAGAAUGAAGUUAUCAAAGAUGUCAACCCCUUAGAAGAAGAGCUUCUUUCCUUUGAUCUCAAUAAGUCUCCUCCUCCUGAUCAAAAUAACAGAGUUAGUGGGAUGUCUUUAACACAGGUAGAGCAGCAUAACUGUGAUGUGGGAGUUGGGGGUGAUGGAAGAAGGGCUGAACUUCCUCAUAGAUUGCUAUGGCAACAUAAUGUAGCAGUGGACCCAACAGCUGAACAACCUUCAGCAGGGCAAAGAAAGAUGAAGGACCAAAGGAACCCUCAUGCUCUUGAAGAAAACCUUUUGGAAGAGGCUCAUAAAAAUGAAGGUGGAAAUUCAAAAAGCUCACAUGCUGAAAGCAGGCCAGGAAGCACAACAAUUGAUGAGACCAUUGGUAAUUUAAGUUCUACUGAAGGUUGGUCAGGAAGCAAUGGCUGUGGCAGAGAUACCAAUCAAAGAUGUUAUGCUGGACUCAUUAGUUCAGCUAGGUCAACAGUUCAGAGGCCUCCUAUGCGUUCUACAUUUAGUAUCCCAGGAUCCUCGGUGCAACCUGCAAACAGAACUGAAGCUGCAGGUAAUGUGGAUGUUGUUACAGCUUCUGUGCAAAUCACAGAACUGCAUGAAAGCCCGAGGUUUACUGCUCGUAGACAGCUAUCUCCUAUAAGAAUCAGGGAGUCCUUUUCAACUACUGAAAGUUGUCAGUCUUCAUCACCCACAGUCAGUACAUUUGAGGAUAGUAGCCUGCUUGAAGAUAGUAUAAGCAAUGGUCUAAGUAGCAUUUCUCCAAGCACCACUUCUCAUGAUGAAGACAACUUUCUGAAUUCUCACAGUUCCUCCUCAUCCACAGAUUCUUCCCAUCCAUCUCUUUUCCGUGCAAACUUCACAGCACAUCUUCGUAUGGCUGGUCCUUUGCCUGAUCAAGUACCAAUUUUCCUGACAGUAUCUGAUUUGCGAAAUCAGACCAGCUUUGUGAGCAGUACAACUGUUUGCAGUUCACCAAGUACAAAGGAAAUUAAUAAGCCUGAGACAGACCCCGAGAAGCUAAAGAAGUUACAAGAGAGUCUCCUGGCAGAAGACUCCGAAGAGGAGGGAGAUCAGUGUCGGAUAUGUCAGAUUGCUGGAGGAUCCAUAACCAAUCCACUGCUAGAACCAUGUGGGUGUGGUGGAACGCUUCGAUUUGUCCAUCAGGAAUGUCUAAAGACCUGGUUAAAGGCUAAAAUAAAAUCAGGUGCUGAACUUGGUGCAGUGAAAACAUGUGAACUCUGUAAGCAGAGCCUUACUGUAGAUCUGGAUGACUUUAAUGUGAAUGACUAUUACAGGAAUCAUCAACAGUCUCGGGCCCAGGAUGAGUUGAUGAAUUCAGGCCUCUAUCUUGUGCUAUUGCUUCACCUGUAUGAGCAAAGGUUUGCAGAACUCAUGAGAUUAAACUACAACCAAGCCUCCAGAGAUAGGCUCUCAAGACAACCUAGAACAGAGGAAAACCAAAAUUCAGCCAAUUCAGGCAACAGUGGCUAAGAGAACUCUCAAGGAGGAUCUAAGAAAGCGAACUCUCUUUGGUAAUUUGACAGAGAGCCCUUCUUCACAUCUUUCAACUUUCACUCUCUUUCUUAACACCAGGCCACAAUAAGUAUGUACACCAUUCAUAUUCAGUGUCAUCCAUUUAAAUCAAAUGCCUUCUAAGGGUCUGGGGUUGUUUUGGUUGUUUGUGUGGUUCAAUUCUUGUGUUUUGUUUUGAUUUUAACAUGCAAUAUUGACUGACAAACUUUUUGAAACAUGGGUUAUUAACAGCAACUUGCAGAGUGUAAACUUUUUAAUCACUUCUACUUCCUGGCCCCCAUUUACUCAAUCAAAAUUUAAAACAGUGGUCAGGGUUUGGUAUGUGUGCAUGCUUUGACUGAUCUCUGGCAACCAUUUGAGAUGGCAAACUAGAUAUCUACAUUUGCAGCACCUGCCCUAGAAUCCACUCUGCACUAUUUUACAGACUUGCACUUUUUUGGGUCAGGGGUCCUUUGGUGAUAAAAAAAAAUUGUUUUCUACAUUAAAACUGAGUUGUAUGCACAGCCUUAUCACAGGACAUUCCAUAGCACACAAAUGUAAAUGUAUUGAUGUACUAUUGUAUGGUCAACUUUAUAACAUUAUUGCCUUCCCUUUGAAUGGCAAAAAUCCUAAUAAAAAAUAAUUGUUCACUCUUAA